CAACCACUGAACCUCGACAUUUCAUCUCACAAAGGAACAAUCCAACACUCGCCUACUCUGGCACGUGCUUUGACUUAUACGCACCUGAUCUCGUCCCGUCUUCAACAACCACGCACCGCACUACACACGAUUGCCAGUGCUUCAGCGCCGGAACCGCCGUACCGAGCUCGAAAUAAGUACUUGUGGCACUGUCCCGUUUCAGACACAACAGACGUCCAAUCGACCGGUAAUUUCGGUUCGACCCGCAACUACACCCAAGGCAACAAGCUGAGCGUCAAAGUCUCUCACUUCCUGACACUUUUCAAUCGACUUCCACUUCAACCCUCGUAUCGCCAACACAAAAACAAUACGCCAUGCCACCUCCACCACCUCCCCCCCCUCCGCCGCCUCCGGGUAUGGGGGGACCUCCGCCGCCGCCGCCACCUCCCCCUGGAGCACUUCCAGGCCGACCACCUGCCGGUCUUCCUAAUAGGGGUGCUUUGCUCACAGAUAUCACCAAGGGCAAGGCGCUCAAGAAAGCAGUAACCAACGAUCGAUCAGCACCCAUCAUCGCCCCAACAUCGGGCAGCGGACCAGGUCCGUCUCCAUCAGGGGGGGCUCCUCCUGUUCCUGGCCUUCCCAAGGCUCCCGGAGGUCUUGCGCCUCCAGUACCCGGAAACCGCGCCCGUAGCGAUAGCGAUGUAGCCGACCGGAAUCAAGGUGGAUCAACAGGCAUGGAGGCUGCACCGCAGCUUGGAGGCCUUUUCGCCGGAGGCAUGCCAAAGCUACGGAAGACGGGUGGUGGUGUAGACACGGGCGCCAACCGGGAUGCAUCAUAUCUUUCCGACCCGGAAACAACAUCCAGAUCAGCACCGAAACCACCAACGGUCUCGGCCCCCCGCCCGCCUCCCGGCGCAGCCCCGACCAUUCCUGGACGGCCAUCAGCUCCUACGUUCCACCCAUCCAUGCCCAACCUCAAAAAGACUGCGAAUGGGGCAUCAUCGAAGCCGCCUCCGCCGCCAGUGGGCAAGAAACCGCCUCCUCCUCCAGGCUCCCGCAAGCCUUCCGCGGCUAUCCACUCUUCGGCACCUCCUUCGGCGCCACCUCCACCACCCUCAUUUGCUCCUCCUCCGCCUUCAUCUGCCGCCCCGUCUCUUCCUCCAGCACCUCCCCCGCCGCCUCCAACAGCCGCCCCGCGACCACCACCGGCUCCAUCACGUUCGCAGCCCCCUCCACCGCCGCCGCCGUCCUCGUCGACCAGCAAUCUUUCCCAGAAUAUUGCCGUCCAAGCCGCCAUCCGUGCUGCGAGCAGCGCCUCUUCACCAGCAGCACCCCCUCCUCCUCCACCCCCGCCCAGCGCUCCUCCUCGCUCAACAGCAUCAAGCCCUUCCCAUUCGGCUCCCGCACCUCCGCCUCCACCGCCGCCAUCCUCGGCCCCAGUUCCUCCUUCACUCUCCCAUUCACCCUCGACGAGAUCGGCACGAUCAGGCUCCGGCAUCAAGUCCAUGCUCGAUCCUAGCAACUUCAUCCUUACACCGAACGGUACAGGCGGAAACAAGUCUCCAAGUCCAGUGCAUUCCGGUGGCGGCAGUGCGAGAUACAUCGUCCAGGAUCCCAGGUGGAAGUUUGCGAGCGAGGAUACGUUUCCGAAACCCAGGGAGUUCGUUGGCGGGCCAAGAAAGUAUCGCGCUGGCAGGGGAAGCAGUGUGCCGUUGGAUUUGAGCGCCUUGUAGGACCGGCACUUGGAGACGAAAUGGGAUACUUAGAUGAGAUUGGGUAGGGUAUGGAUGACUGUUGAGGGACCAAGCGAGUAGUUGGUGACGAAUGCGUAGAACGGGAGUUGGGAAAAAGGAGGGACGUCAAAGGUGACAUUAUCGCAAGGCGGUCAAGUUUGUUUUUACUGCGCAGAUGCUACUUGACAGUUUUUUUGUGGUGGCAUCGUCUUGCGCAGACCAUAGCUUGCAUCCUUCUUAUACCUUCUUGCAUAUAGUAUAAUAUAUUAAACCUGCUAGCCUUGCUGGCGGCAGAUACACUUGAAUAACUGAAUCGCAACCUAUUUG